AUGGCGUCCGCCAAGCUCGUCGCCGUCAUUGGCAGUGGCGCGGUGGGCCUCGCCGUCGCUCGGUCUGCGGCGCGUCGCGGCUUGCAGGUUAUCGUCCUCGAGCAGCACGCCGCCAUUGGCAUGGAGUGUUCGUCGCGCAACAGCGAGGUGAUCCACGCGGGCUUGUACUAUGCGCCGCAGAGCCAGAAGGCGGCGCUUUGCGUGCAAGGCAGACAGCUCAUGUACGACUUUUGCCGCGACUUUCACGUGCCAUUUCAGCGCUGCGGCAAGCUCGUCGUGGCGUCGUCGGCCGACCAAAUGCAGCAGCUCCACGCGCUUCGGGCCAAAGCGAACGCGAACGGCGUCACAGACGUCCGCCUGCUCUCGGCUUCGGACGUGCAUGCGCUCGAGCCCGACGUCGUGGCCCAUGGCGCGCUAUUGUCGCCGUCGACGGGUAUUGUCGACUCGCACGCGUUCAUGCUUGCUGUGCAAGGAGACGCGGAGACCCAUGGCUGCGACUUUGCACUCAACUGCACGGUUGCUGGUGGGCGCGCCAACGCCGACGGCACGUUUGACGUGGUGACGCACCCGACCAACGACCCGAGUGCCACCGAUGUCAUCACGUGCGACGCAGUCGUCAACGCUGCAGGGCUAGGCGCCCCGCGCCUCGCAGCGCUCUUUGAAGGCACACGACAGCCAUUUGGCAUCGCCGAGCCGACAGUGUUUGCCAAGGGCUCGUACUUUAAGCUCGGCGGCGUUGCCCGCGUGCCAUUCCAGCACUUGAUCUACCCUGUCCCUGAAAAGGGCGGUCUUGGCGUGCAUGCCACGCUCGACCUCGACGGCAACGUCCGGUUCGGCCCUGACGUCGAGUGGGUUUCCGCCAUCGACUACCAGGUCAACCCCGACAAGGCGGCGGCAUUUGCUGCUCGCAUCCGCGACUAUUGGCCAGGCGUCACAGACGCCGAGCUCAUUCCAGACUACAGCGGGAUUCGCCCCAAGAUCGUUGGGCCUGGCGACCCGGACGCCGACUUUUGCAUCCGCGACGGAGCGAAGAAGGGACUCGUGCAUCUUCUCGGCAUCGAGUCGCCAGGACUGACGUCGUCGCUCGCGAUCGGCGACGCUGUCGCCUUGCGUCUUGCGGCCCUUUAACAAUGUACACGCUGUCCUUCUCGGACGCGUGCCACGUUGUUGGGUUAUAUACCAUAACGUAGUGCUAUUCUUUGGAGCUUAGCUACGACUCAACAUGUCUUGCAGUGUGCGCAGGA